GGAACCUCGAGGGCGCGGGGCGGGCAUGGCGGCGGCGUCCUCAACAAUGUCUUAAUUUCCGCCGCACACUCCCUUCCCUGCACCGCGGUCUCAGUGUGUGUGAGCACGAGACCAAGAUGUCCAAGAGAGCCCUGGAUGAAGCGGGCUCGAGCGCCGCGCCCCCGCCCAAGAAUCUCAAGGUUCAGUUUGAGCCCAUUCAGUUGGGCUCCAUCUCUACGCUGGAUGAAAUGGAUAUGAAAACACUUCGCUUCCAGAACCACAAGCUCUACCAGCGUCUAGAGCAGAGGAAGAGAAUUGAGGAUGACCUUCGGAGUCGCAUUGAGCAGUUGGAGAAGCGGCAGACGCAGAGUGACGAUGUACUUACGGUUAUCAAUCGGUACUGGAACCAGUUCAAUGAGGACAUCCGCCUCAUGCUGCAGCGCUUUGAUGCAGAGACGGCGGAUGAGUCGGAGACCAAGAAUGAGAGUGAGGCCACCACUUCCUUCCUAACCCAGCUGUCCACUUGGGACCGAGAGGAGCUGGACGAGAAGCUGGUGAACCGUGUGCAGGUGUCCAAGCGGGCUGUUGCCAAGAUUGUGCAAGCCUUUGACCGCCUCCACCAGCGCAAUGAAAAGGUGGCGCGUGCUCUCAAGGGGGAGGCUCUGGAAGGAGAGGCCCCCCCACCCCUGGACGAGGGUGUGAGAGAGCUGAAUUCUGAACUUCAGGCAGAGAACAAGAAUCUUCACGCCCAGAAUCUCUCCUUCCAUGAACGCCACCAUCUCAUGUGUCUCAAGGUUGCAGAAUUAGAAGAGAAGCUGCAAGCAAUGGACACAGAAAAGGCGGAGAUGCAAAACCGGAUAGAGGACAUGGAGUACGACCUUAACCGGACACGGUCACGCUGCGAGAAGGUGGAGAGCCACUUGGCAGACACGUGUCAGAAGCUGAAGGCCAUCCAGGACGAGAGUGGCACCGCAGCUCCCGGAGGCCCAGCCAAGCCUGGGGAGAUGGUGGCGGCUGGCAAGAUUACACCGGCUAUCCCAUCUAAAAAGGUGGAGGAGCUGAACUCUGAGUUGGAGGAACUAAAGGAGCUGAGUGCGAAGCGCCUGGACGAGUUGGAGAAGAAGACCAAUGAACACAAGGAGGCACUGAAGGAGGUGGAACGGCUCAAGAUGGAUUUGCGCCAGCUGCCAGAGAGUGUGAUUGUGGAGACGACAGAGUACAAGUGCCUACAGUCCCAGUUCUCGGUGCUGUACAAUGAUUCCAUGCAGCUCAAGACUCAGCUGGAGGAGACACGGCACCAGCUACAGACCAGCAAGAACGCCCACCUGCGCCAGAUAGAACAAAUGGAGAGUGAGGAGCUAACCAUUCAGAAGAAACUCAGAGCAGAGGUGAUCCAGCUGGAGGACAUGCAAGCCCAGGUGCGCAAGGAGUACGAGAUGCUGAGGAUAGAGUUUGAGCAGAACCUGGCGGCCAACGAGCAGACCGGGCCUAUCAACCGAGAGAUGCGGCACCUCAUCACCUCCCUGCAGAACCACAUCACCCAGCUCAAGGGGGAGAUUCAUCGCUACAAGAGGAAGUACAAGGAGGCAGCUAAUGAUGGAAGCAAGCUGAAGAGAGAAGUGGAGGAGCUGCACCAGAAGCUCGCGGCAAGACAGCGAAGUGCCAGCGUCAGUGAGCGGCAGGACAGCGUCAGCAGCGAUCGAGGCGACGGCAGUAAAGAGCAGAUGGUGAAGGAGGAAGGUAGUGAGUCCUGCGAUUCUUCUGGCCCUCCUACAUCCACCCAGCAGUCCUCAGCCCCGGCAGGAGGAGGAGGGGCUGGAGGGGAGGACAAGGCAGCAGAGGGGACUGAUGUGAAGAAGGAGGAAGGUGAAGAGGAGUCCAAGGAUAAUGAAGAAGGAGGUGAGAAGAAAGAUGAGAAGAUAAAGAAGGAGGUAAAGAAGGAAGGCAAGGAGGGGAAGGAAGGAGGCAGUGGGAAGCAGGGUGGAGCUGCCCCACCUGCCAAGGACUCCAGGGAGAGUGAAAUCAUUCGAAACCUGAAGUCUGAACACAAGAAGGCUGUGAAUGACUACCGAGAAUUGAAGCUGCUGCUGGACAUGUACAAGGGCGUGGGCAAGGAGCAGAGGGACAAGGUGCAGCUGAUGGCGGCCGAGAAGAAGGCGCGUCAGGAGGUGGAGGAGCUCAAGGCACAGGUCAAGAAGCUGCAGGAAAGUAAGCGAGAGGAGAGAAAGAAGCUCGCUGAUGAGGAGGCCAUUCGCAAGAUUAAGCAGCUGGAGGAGUCUGUGCACCAGCUACAGAGGCAGGUGGCUGUGCAGAAGCAGAGAACCUGCUUUCAGGAGGAGGAGACUUUGCUUAACGAGAUGGAGGUGACCGGUCAGGCAUUUGAGGAUAUGCAGGAGCAGAAUAUUCGCCUCAUCCAGCAACUCCGGGAAAAGGAUGAUGCCAACUUUAAACUCAUGUCGGAGCGCAUCAAGUCCAACCAGAUCCAUCAGCUGGCCAACGAGGAGAGGAAUGUGCUUCAGGAACAGACCAACACUCUAACAACACAAGUAGAGGCCCAGAACCAGGUAGUAAGGAAGCUUGAGGAAAAGGAGCGGCUGUUGCAAAACAACCUCACCACUGUUGAGAAGGAGCUCAGCCUCCGUCAACAGGCACUGGAGAUGCACAAGCGCAAGGCCAUCGAGUCCGCCCAGUCUGCUGCUGACCUCAAACUCCAUUUAGAAAAAUACCAUGCACAGAUGAAGGAGGCACAGCAGGUGGUGGCGGAGAAGACCAUGGCACUGGAACAAGAGGCCUUCAAGUACAGAAGAAUACAGGAGGAAGUAGCCAGCUUAAGACGGAAGGUUGAAAGAGCCAAGAAGUUUGAGAUGGUGGACAGAGCAGAUGAGGUGUUGAUGGAGGAGAUCAGGGACUACAAGGACACCCUGACAUGCCCAUCAUGCAAGGUUAAAAGAAAGGAUGCAGUGUUAGUCAAGUGCUUCCAUGUAUUCUGCUUUGACUGCCUGCGGACGCGCUACGAGACCCGACAAAGGAAAUGCCCCAAGUGCAACGCUGCCUUUGGGGCAAAUGACUACCAUCGUCUCUACCUCACCUAGACCAGGCGAGGACCACUGGGGCAGGGCUGGAGGGUAGGGUAGGGGGGAGGGUAGGAUGGUGGGAAAUUAAUUGUUAACAAUUUCUGAAUGAAUGGCUGACAGUGAUUGGCUUUUGUACUGGAACUUAGGUUUCUUAGGUAAAUGUUUACCCAAAAAUAAAUAAAGUGAUCUAUUAUUUAAAUUCUUGUUAAUCCGUUUCUUUUGUUUUACCUCAUGAAAAUCUUUGACAAGUCACAGAAUACUCACAAUGUUUUCACCUUACAGGAAGAGUCCUGCUAUUUGUCUUUUCAUUUUUAGUUAAAUGACAUAUCUUUUAGCUUUAAUGACCUAGCCAGGUAGAUUUUGCCGCAUUACAAUAAAUUUCAUUCAUUUUCUCAUUUGUAACUAAAUUCAUGACAGCUGAUUCUCAAUAUCAUUUAAAACCCAAAUAUACUAAGCUCCUGAGUAUUUUGCACAACAUGAAGUUACAAAGGCACAGAAAAUAUAGUAAUAUACACUGUGUGGCUCGGUGGGAAUGGUGUUUGGCUUGCGACCAAGAGGUUAGGAGUUCAGUCCCAGCUCACGGCGGCUACCUGGCGUGAGAGGUAGCACUUUGUAACCAGCAGAGCUAUGUGGUCCUAGUUACCUAGUUCAGAGGAGAUUUAAGGUCUUUAAUCCAUGUGAAGACAAACACGGACAGCCAAAACAUUAUUAAGAUUAUAUUGAUAAUCGUGAUCAUACUUUUACAAUCCAGAUCCCGGAUAGUAGCCCCAAGGUUCUGGCAGAGGUCAAAGUGAAGCAUAUUUAUUAUUUGUGCAUGUGCAUACACAAAUUUGUCCUUAACUAGAGCUCAUUUAACCCAGCAGAGUAUAUCAUUCAAAAGCUCUUGAGCCAGGGACCUCGUGGAAAUGUGCCAAAGUAAUUAGUAAUAAUGCAAAAAUGGUGCAUCUGUCAGCAGAUGGGAAAAACUCAAAUUUUUAAGUACACAGGUUUCAUUGACUCUCACUUGUUAUACGAUUGUACUUUUAGAUUGACCGAUUGAAAAACUGUGUACUGAUGAUGAUAUGUCAAAGUUCUCAAAAUUUGGGAAUUGUGGCAGUACAGCUAAAGGUACAAUCUAUCAAGACUCAAAUCUCAAUUCCCCCUGAGCUCUGCCUCUUCACAACAAAGACCUACAGUAGUAUUAAAAUUUAUAACGAGACCUCAACAUGUGACACCCAUGUUUUACAUAUGGUUCCUUGCAUUAUAAAAAUCAUCAAUCAUCAAAUCCUACAUAACUUGCAAUGAUAAACAAGUUCAAUAAGAAAUAAUCAAAAUGCAAAAUUGAUUAUAGUUAUCUGGUAAACUGCAGCGAGCAUUAUUAAAAAGUUUUUUCAGAGCCCUGGGAAUCCAGGUGUUGAAGCUCUUACCUUGUUUACAAAAAAAUGACAAAAUUCUCUACUAAUCCCCUAUUGUUCUGUAUGGCAGGAGUCAAUGAGGCCGUUUCCAUCUUACUGUAGUGGGUUAUGAGGCAAUUGGCACAUGACUUUAAGAGCAAGGAUGUGAACACCUCAACAUUGAAGAGUUAAAUUUGUUCAAGAUUUGAAUGAUGGAAAUACUAUGAGACUGAUGUAUGAUAAACUACAUCAUGCCCUAUAUUAGGCAUGAAACUAUACAUCAAUGCAUGAGUUCCUUGUUUUACAGUUUACUUUCAUUCAAUGAAAUUCAUCACAUACUGAUCAUGUUAAAUAGCGGCCCCCAAAAUUACUGUUUCUUGACAAGAACAACUGCAAUGCAUAUGUAAAUAGCAAACAUAAAUAUGAAAAACAUUUGGCGAGGGGGACAAGCAGGUUGAACAGAUGGUUGUGGACAAGUAUCAAACAUUUUGUAAAUAAGACAAUAAUAUUGUAAGCUGCACAAUGGAUGAGAUGAUAUAAUAAAAAACUGACUGGUUGGAAAUAUGGUAAAGGUGAAAACUAGGCAACCACAUACUGUAAGACUUCUUUAAAUUUGUAAAAAGAAAAAUUAUAUUCUGAGGUUACCUUAUCACGAGGAAUUCAGCUGAGUCGGUAAUAUUACCGUGAACCACUGAUCACUUCUAUGUCAAUUUUACCCUUAAUUAAAUAGAAAUGCAUACAGCAAAGCACCAGAAAGCAUCAUAAGAUAUUUGUGGGAAACAUGACAAUAUGCAAGCUGCAGUAGCCUUUGCAAAGCAACUCAAUGGGGAGGACAGAUGGUAAAUAACUGAUUCUCAUGAGCUACCAUGUAAAUGUUGACUGGCAAUUUGCAGCCUCCUUGUGUACUGUUGUGCAAUGUGUUUGGUUCAAGAGAUAAUGGAGGUCAUUUAUUACUUAAUUCUUGCAGGUCACCAAGAGAAUUGAAGUAGCAUUGUAACAACUAUUUCUCCAUUUGACUAUCGUUGCUGGUAUUAUUGUUGCAUAAAUGGAAUCUCUCAAUCUUGGUUUCUCACAGUCCAAAUUUGUUUAUAUUGGUCCAUCAUAGAACCAGAGUCUAACUGGUCAUCAUUAUUUGCUGAACGUGUUGUGUAAAUAUUAUACUUCUAUCUCGGCAUAAUUAUGCAUUCAAUCAUACAUUCACUUGCACAGAGACUAAUGUGCAUGUACUGUGUCAGCCAGUUUUUGUAAAGCUUAACUUCAAUACAUUUACACACUUUGCCAUGAAACCUGAAAAUGUGAAGGGCUCAUUAUACACUUAGCUGUUGUGCUCGUAGUAUGUGAUGUAUUCCCCAUCCCAUACUGACCCAAUCUUAGGGACGUUCAGGUUAUGUAUUCCACACCAGCCUUACAGUGUAGUGAUAAGCACCCUUGUCUUACAGUUUAGAGGCUUUGACAAAAGAAUAUAGAUCAUGAAAGAACUGUAUUAGUGAUGAUUUUCACGUUACUUGAACUUUCUCGAGCAUCAAAGAAAACUGCCAUUGACAUCAUGUCGGAUCACCAAGUAGACUAUGUAAUCUCUAAGCUCGGGACUUUGACUGCAUAGCUCCAUGGCUAGUGCUGCCUCUCCCACCAAGAUGAUGUUUUGACAUGCAAACUCGUGACCUUGUGAAUACUGGGCAAUGUCUUACGAAGCCAGCCAGCCAUGAUUAAAUUGUUACUUCCUAUUGAGAAAAUCAGCUUCUUGUAUGAGAGCUCUAUUUUUUUAUAUAUGUUUAUUUCUUUACUUCUUCUUUUGUCUGUCAGUGUGUAUGUAACAGGCAAAAUAUCUCACUAAGCGAUUCACACAAAUUUAAAUUUUAUGUUGCCAUUAGACAUAAAUUUACUAAUUUAAGUUAUUUAUUUCACCUGUUAUAAUUGUACAGGUCAGAUAGCAGGACUCUUACUGUGGCAAAGUACCUGAUCUGGUUGGAACUCUUCACCAGUCUGAGAGAACUGGUAUGAUUCAGGGUCUCAAUGGUUGCAUAUUGUAAACUGUUGGAGAAUAAGCUUUGAUGAAUGAUAACUGGUUGAAAGUGAGAUGAAUUACAUUGGGGAAGAUCUUGAGACUUUUUUUUUUGCUUUAUGUGACUGAUACAUGUGUAUAUACUUUGUAAAUUAAGUUUGAUUGAUAGGUGAGAUGUCAAACCACCUUACUUAUAAAAAUAAAUUAUGCUUUGGUAUGAAAGGUUAUGUAAUAAGAUCAAUAUGGAAAUGGUUUGUUAGUCUGAUUUUUCACUAAAGCUGCUGAAAAAUCUAAAAAUUGGUCCAUAAGACUGAGCAUCAUGAGCAUUCCACAGACUGAAUGGUGUUGAGCACCAAAUGUUGACCCAGUGUUAGUAUUAUUACAUUUUUACCAAUGUAGCCAGUAAGCCAGUGAAGGCCAUGUAUUGUCAGGGUCACUGCUUCAAAGUCCAAGGCAGUGAGCAACUUUUUCAUGUGAAUUGUAACUUUCUCAAUGUGUUUGUGUUAUGAAACUUAUUUUCUGCUUUACAUUAUUGACAUUCUUCAUUAUGGUCUAGUAUGACAUAAGUUUAUAUAGUUUGCAUACUGUACUCAGCAGAUAAAUCACAGCCAAGAAGUUGACCCCUAGAUAGCAAAUUUAAACUGUGCAAACAAAUGUGAUAUACAGUGGAUACCUAAGUUUAGUGACUGCUUCACAUCAAGAGAAGCAACAAAACUAGAAAAGAGUUAUUAAGUCCAGGUUCCUGUGUGUACUAUGCAUGCUUUAUUUCCACUGGUGCCAAGGUCCCCCAUUGUAUUCCAAGUUCAGCCCAUCAAAAGAACUCAUGCAGUCAGUGCUGGCUCAUUUUCAAACUAUAAUUCCUGACAACACACUACACCAUUGCCAUACAGUUCUAUCUCCCGAGUUGAGUGUAAAAACAGCUCCCUUGCAAAACUGGACUAUGUAGGUAUUCAGUGUUGAAGCAUCAUAUUAUCUAAUCUCACAAGGUUAUUGAACAGAAAUUUAUGUUACUGAGUAAACUUACUAAUUCCUAAUCUAAGGAUGUGCCAAACUUGAGUAUCCACUGUAUGAUAAGAUUUAAAUGAAGAGCCUUCUUCCUUAAGUCUUAAGAAUAGGGAAUUUUUAGCACGUUUGUAAUGCAUGGUACUUAAAUAUAUGGAGCAUUUUAAAACUAUUGAUUUGGCUACGGAAUAUUAAUAACUGAAACACUACUAAGAUAGUAUUAUCUGGGGUUUAUUUACAGUCACACUUUGCAUAUUAUAAAAGUUAAAAUCUUAGGUUUAUUAAACUACUUAAUUUGUGGUCGUUAAAGUCUGAAAUGAGUAUCUUUAAUGUUGAUGGUGCUAAGCAGAAGAGUUUCAAACAGGCCUGCAAUUAUCUUUGUUAUCCCGUAGUAAAUAAUUUUUCAUGUUACCACUCAUGACCCAAUAAAAUUUCCCACAAUAUUC